CUGCAUUAGCUUAUUACACAAAUACGACACGUAGGGCUGAAGAGCUUCGUCAACCUUGUGGAAAUACCUGGCGUACUUAUCAUUAUCGGUUUUCGUGCUGGCGUCCCAACAUAAACAGCUCAGCCUCCAAAAACCCAUUUCCUCUCGCUGUUGCCAUCCGUCUUCGCAUUAUCUCUCCAGACGGAGCAACUGUACAUGAAGGGCACGGCAUUGUGCCACACGUAUCGGACCAAACAAAACGGCCUCGAAAGCUACAAUGGCCGCAAAAAAUGAAAGUACAGAUCUCGGCCAGCUAUGGUCCAAGGCGGUUCACGACUACCUCAAGAAAACAGGCAAAGAUUUGUCGCGCGAUCUGUCUGCGCGCAGCAUUGGCGAUGCCAUGAAGUUCACAGAGCGGAGCAUGCAAAGCUUCUCGGGGUUUCGUCACAAAGACGACAAAGUUGACAGGGUCCGGUCAGCUUUUGGACGACAUCUCGAUGGUAUGCAGAAAUGUAUGAAGGGUAUUGAAGCUGUAGGCGCUGCAGCUGGUGCGUUUCCUCCAGCCAUGCCCGUGGGGAUUGUUUUUGCCGCAUGUGGGCAUUUGUUGUCAGCAUUUGCCGGUGUCAAAGCCGAUUAUGACCGUGUGGAAGAGUUCUUCAGUCAAUCUAGUCGCUUUUUCGAGCGCCUCUCCAUCAUCGAAAACAAGGGCGUCGACAGCGGAGCUCUCGGCAAAGCGAUUGUGCGAGUUUUCUCUGCCCAGCUUUCGAUAUGUGCCAUAGUGGAAGUGAUGAUCAAGACAAAAGCGGCAAGAUUCAAGCAGUGGCUGAUCGCCCUCUGGAACAUGCAAGACCCUGAUCUUGCGGCUGCAUUUGCCGUCAUGCAAGAGUCUGUCGAAGAGCUUGGUCAGACAGUGGGAUAUGCCAGCUAUGCGGAAAUUAAGAAUACUCAGACGCUGACGAUCGAGGUCAGCGGGAAAGCGGACGAGAUUGACGAAAACAUCAAGCAAUUUCGCUCAAAGAUCGACCAGGAUCUACGUGGGCUCUACGAAAGUCAUUUGUCAUCAACGAAAGUUCUUACGGAAGGCUUCCGGUCACAGGAGGCAUUGCUACGGGAAGUUCAAUCGACGGUGUUGAAAGCGUUACAAGGAGACAAGAGCAAGCCAGACCAUCAGGAGAAAGAUAAGCGACAGCAAACCACAAAGGGGAGUGGCAAAGGCGACCCUGGAGACAAGAAAUUCAAGGCACUGCGAAACAUCAAAGCUUUGCUUGACGGUGAGCCUGGUAUCUAUCCGAAUUGGAGAGAUGCCUACAAGGAGAACGCGACCCAACACGAAGAAAUGAAAGAAGCGUACGUUGAGCACACGGCUGAUUGGCUUACCGGCGACCCUAUAUUCCAGCAAUGGUAUGAAGGAAAGAACCCCUUGCUCUGGAUUCAGGGGAGCAACGGUAUCGGAAAGUCAUUUCUUGCUCAUAAGUUGGCGAAGAAAGACGCAGGUCACCCCACAGCCUACUUCUACUUCAAAGAGGAUUACCCCUAUCUGCAAUCAGCACACAAUGCAAUUGCCUGUACCGCUCUCCAAAUUGCGGAGUCGGAUACCAGAUAUGCAGAAAAGGUUGCUGUCAAAAUGAAGGAAGACGCCCAGGAAGGUUUCGUUAUACCAACACUGGAUCGAUUCUUCUUGAGCAUUUUCAACGGCACUGCACAGAACAAUGAUCAUCUUUACCUGGUUUUUGACGGCUUGGAUGAGGCUCCAGAAAUGCAGAGGGAUCUGUUCCUGCGUAUACUGGGUCAACUCAGGGAGGUGAAAUCAAAUGUACACGUUUUGGUCACCAGCAGACCAGACAGCAUUGAUGGUUUGAAGGAGCUCAACCCUCUUGUGCUCGAAGUGACCAAGGAAAAGAUGAUAGGCGAUAUGAAAGCCUUGAUAUGGAAUCGUUUGAAUACCAUGGGGCGGUUAAGGAAGUUCAGUCCUACUUCGAAGAGACUUAUCGCUCGAAAGGUUUUAAGACAGGCUGAUGGCAUGUUGUACAUCGAACAUAUGUUGCGACGACUAUCAUAUAUCGGCAGGGAAGGCGCUGUCCUGAAGGACUUGGCAAAAAUGCCAAGCAACUUGGAAGAUUUGUACAAGCUGAUGCUCGAUGAGUGUCGCAGAAACCGAUCGAGGGAGCAAUAUGAAGCACUGAAGCGCCUGUUUGCUUGGUUAGCAUUCUCCAAGCGUUCUCUCAGUCUGAACGAGGCAUCCGAAUUGGUGAAGCUCAUAGUCACUGAAGACCACUUCGACAUUGAAGACGAGAUCAUCGGCCGCUCGGCAAGAAUCCUUGAACUUUCUCGCACGCGACACCUUAACGAAGACCAUCAAACCGAGCUUGAUGACGACGAGGAUGAUGAUCAAGCUCAAUCUGACGAAUUCCCUCCCGAAAUUGACGAAAUGUAUCGUUAUGCGUCUCUUACUUUCCAAGAGCGGUCUCUUCGCCAAUAUUUCAGAGCCGUCAGCGUCGAUAAUAGCGGCGAUGAGGAACUUCGUACUCCCGCAUCAGCAGCACACUUGACCAUUCUUAAGAUGUGUUGCGAGAUUCUAGUGGAAUCUGCCAAAGUGCCCAAAGAAUCCGACAUGCCGGUGUUGCGAACCUACGCUAUGAUCUACUGGUACGAACAUUUCAACGAACUGGACGUUGAAACGGCUUCAGAUGAAGAGGUAUCCGAGGUGCUCUUGGCUGUACACAAGAUCGUGAGCAAUAAAAACAACGUUGCAAAGUUGUUGGAAAGAUACCUUUCGGCACCGGAUUUGUACCCGGAAAGAAACAAUGAGACGACAGUGCCUUGGUACGACAGGCUACACGCAUGGGCAGUGCGAGGUUCAUCUCUUCCAGUAACAGUAAUGGAAGACGAGGUAAGAGCUUGGUCAGUGGAGCUUACAGCAGCGCCUGAACGGGUCCUCCUUCCAUUGGCGAAAGCCCAUAUAAGAAACUGGAUUGAGGAGCCCAGGCGGUGGUACAUCCGUGAGGCAUACAGAUUUGCCGAAGCUGCAUUGAAGAUUUCUGGAAAAUUCACAUGGUUCGAGGAAGAUCCUUUGAAGAGUAUAUUAUCAGUCGCAGACGCGUUUGGGGAACCUAAAAGAGAUGGUAAGACCUUCAGGGCUCUGGGCUCAUGUCUCUUCUACGCUGGAGAAGGAACAACCGCACAGAACCCUGAUCUUGCGAAGACACUCUAUGAGGAGGGUAGAAGAUAUGUGAAGCAAAGCCUCGAAAAUAUGGAGGACGACGGCGUGGCUAAAGUAUAUACACUUUCCACGUUAGCCGUCCUGCACCAACGGAACCAAGGGCUGCAAGAAGCGGUAGAAACCAUCGAUCAAGCUCUGGACUGUUUGGAGUCCCUGAUGCCUGGCAUUGACAAUGAUGCGCAAAGCGAGUUGGCCAUUGAGAGCCAGCACUUACACCGUGAGAAGGCAAACCAUCUUUGGGACUUGGGUAAGAAGGAGGCUGCGUUGAGUGCGUUCAACGCGGCAAGAAAGGCCAUGGGCGAGAUAACUAUAUCCGGUUACACGUUGGACGACAUCACUAACCUCUUGGACGACCCAGAGUUGGAUCCCAACGGACAUCUACUUAUGGACACUUUGAAAUCGUGGAGUGACAAAGAGCGAUUCGCAUGGUUUUAUGUUAAUCUUGCGUACUGGGUCAACACCCGUGCGCUAGGAAGAAUGUAUCGCGCAGCCAAAGGCACAGGGGAAACACACCUAGUCCUAGAGUGGCUCGACGCCUACGGAAAGACACGGGAUCCGCGGUCAUUGCUGCGCUUCAAUGCACAAUCCGCGCUCGCUGAUUAUCAAUCCAACGUGCUGGGGAACGAUGAUAAAGCAAAAGAAAUCAUGCGCGCAACCCUCGCGGUUCAUCCGAAGGUUGGAGGCACCGAGGAGGAUGUCUUGAAUGAAAGAAUUACUGAAGUGCGUUUGGAGCUUGCCAGCAUCAUAUUCUCCCAAUUCAGAGAGUCUUCUGACCCUAAGCGAAAAGACGCGCUCUUAGAGGAGAUGAAAUCGCUCUCAGGGAUACGCACCGAUGAUGAGGUGGGAUUCCAAGAGUCCCAUAUAGGAAUGCUUGUUGCAAACAUGCUACGGAUCAUGGGGCCAGCCCGCGAAUACCAAAAUACAAUGGAGCGAAUAUUCCAGACUUGUAUUAACGGCUUGGAAGACAACGUCUCAUGGAACGAUGGCGACUCCUUACGGUUGCUUGCGAAAGUCCUGUCAUCGUUGGACGGCCUGGAACGCGAUGCAAGGAUUACGAUAUCUGCCCAGUUCUCACUCCUAGAUCGCAGCAUUCAUGAGAGUGCACAUAGUCCCGAGCGGAACGGCACUUCAGAAAACGAGCAUGAUAGCGGAGAUGAGCCGCAACUUUCGCCCUCUUCAUCGAUAAAUCCUGAGGUAACGGGGCAGGACAUUUCAAAGACAGACAGUGUGGAAACUCCCGAUCUACAGAAGGGCUCCACCGAAAAAAACUCUGGACAUGGCGACGUCGGCAAUAAUGGCGACGCGACUUCAGAGACGUCAGAUACGCCUCAGGAGAAUGAGAGGGACGAGAACCUCUCCGAUUUCAGCGUGACCUGUGACGGUGGUUGCAACAGGUACAUCAAUUCGUGGACGUCGCCCUUCUAUCUGUGCAUUAUCUGCCCAAAUACCGACCUGUGCGAAGAGUGCCAUGCUAAGCGCCAAGCGUGGAAUCGUGGUGAAACUGCCGACGACGCAUGGAGGGCAUAUUGUGGAAAGAAUCAUCACUACAUCAAAGGGCCGAUGAAAGGAUGGCGAGGCGUCAAGGAUGGAAUAAUCCGGAUUGGUGAGGAAGAAAUAGCUGUUAAAGAUUGGUUAAGAUCUUUGAAAGAAGAAAGAUGGCCUAAGGCCUGGGAAGCCUAUUGGUUGCGACAAGGCGGACUGAAGGAUAUCGACAUCGAAGAUUAGCAGGACCUCAGGAGUGGAAGGAGGGAUUCAUUUGCCCAACGUUUAUAUGAUUGGUUGCGUAUUGAUUUCUCAUUGACUAUCCUGGAGACAAGGAAGAUGGAUGAUUUAUUCGAGCCACGAAGCUGAUUUCUCCACAUUCACGAGGAUAUUGCGGCUACCACGCAGAUAGACACUGUGGUAUAAUGACACCUGGAAGACCUGAUAAGACUUUCAUUAUCUUUCU